AUGUACCGUCGCAAGCUGGCCUUCUCCAUCGAAGCGGCAAUCGUCGCACUGGCAUGCGUCACACUCGGUCUCGCGAUAAAGUACGCAAUCCAGCUCUGGAACGCACCCGUCUAUGGCGGCGACGUCAACAACACCCGACCAUCAAGGACAACGAUAAUCCCGGAGUACAGCAUCCUGCCCGUGAUUACCAUUGUCGCCGGCCUCUUCAAUAUGGCGCUUCACGUGGCCAGUGGAGUCCGCGCUCUGUACGCCGUCAUCGUGUCCUCGCUCUUGGCGACAGCGUGGCUCGUCAUGAUCGCAAUCUGGGGGCAAUGCCACCUGCAGGCGCACGAUAACCCGGACAAUCCGUGGUAUGAGGUCUGCUACCAGACCAACAUCAAGGCCGACUAUAAGCAAGACUACAUCGAGGGAGUCUCCAAGGCGCUCGGCGCCGCGGUGGUUGCUUUUGGUGCUUUGAUCUUCAUCGCGUAA